GUAGGGGACAUUAAGUGCCAAAAAAAUGAAGGGGUUAAUAUGUAGGAUUAGUAGGCGUGGUCUGUGAAGCAGUGUCUUGAAAAUAAUACGCCUACUUUUCCUACAUGUUUAGCAAUAAAGGCUUUGAUUAAUCAGGGGAGUAGACAUAAGGGAACGUUCUCGCAGGAAGGCGCCGAUGGGAAGGUGUAUGACAGGCACGUUCCCUAACUUUUGGCCGGCCAGCCCCAGCAGUCUGCCCCCCAUCAGCUGUGGCGUGUGUUAAGGAGUUGCACCACAGUCACUCCUCGAGGCCACCCCGUGCAGAGGUGUUGCUUGUCACCCGUCACUGUGCAAGGCGUGGGCGUGUCCCUGAGGGCGUGGUGGAAGGCGUGUCCUGGUGCGAGGCGGAGCGGGAGGCCGAGCCCACCCCCGUGAUGGUGGUGCUGCAGGAGGAUUCAUGCUUGGCUGGCUGAAGAAGAGAGCCAGAGGGAGCAUACAGGCGCGUUACAUCAGCUGCCUCCUGCGCCGAGACCUGGGCGAGGCAGACAUGUUCGUGGCGGAGCCCGUGCAGGCCCUCCUCAGCCACAGCCUCAAGCUGGUGGUGCUGAACAGUGAGGGCCGUGACUAUUCCUUGGAAGUUCCAGCAGACAUGACAGUGGAACAGGUGAAGAAAAUGGCAGUGGGUCACUUCUUCAACCCUCUGGAGGCAGUAGGAGGGGACGACCGAACAUCCAUUGAAGGCUGCAAGUCAGGAGGUGGGGGCCGCUCCUUCCGCCUGGUGCUGGUGCGGGAAGCAAGGCCCCUCAUGGAAGCAAACUCCAUUCAACUGGAGCAACUCCAGGAUAAUGAUGAACUGCUGUUGGUGGAGCGCCGUGAGGCACCAGCCACAACUGACUCAGCACCAGAGGACCCAGCGGAGGUUCCCACCAUGGCCAAGAUAAGUGCUGUGACUGCCAAUCUACCUAAGGGGAACUACAUUCAUGAUAUUGAUGGUACUCACCACUCAGAUGAUUUUCAGGUUGAGCUCAGGCGCAUCCUGGUGACUAUGAUAGAAGCCUCAGUACGCCUCAUUAGUGCUGACCCCGAUUCCGAAGACAUCUUCAAUCAAAUCCUGGAGAAGCUGGAGCGUCGUCACCGCCCUCAUGUAGAUCGCAAUGCUCUACGUCAGCUUACAGAAAUGGGAUUCCCUGAAGCCAAGGCCACCAAAGCUCUCCAGAUCAGAAGAAAUGUUAUGGAAGCAAUGGAAUGGCUUUUGGAACAAGGGAGCAUGGAAGAAGUAGAAGGAGACUGUAUAUUUGGGAAUGCCAGGAGUGAUACUGGUGGCUCCAAUUCAAGUUUGGCAGCAACAGCAGUCUCCACCGAUGCUUCCAGCACCACCACCACCACUACCACCACACUUACCACUGCCACCUCAGCUGACUCAACCUCUAGUCCCACCAACCUCACUCACAUAAACAAUGAUGUGCCUCAAGAUCCUGCUCAGAGAAUACUAAAUACCUUUCUCCAAUAUAGAAAAAAGUGGUUCCAGCCUAAUCCACAAGCUCUUCAGGGCCUUUUGACUAUGGGUUUCGGGGAAGAAGAAUCCAUCAAUGCUCUGAGACUUAGUGGCAACAAAAAAAAAUUAGCGUGUGAUGUGCUCCUUGGCACCCAAUCUGUGGUGCCAGAUGACCAGGGGCUUGAUCGAGAAUCGCCUAUUAUUUCGGCUAUCCUUUCGUCACCUGUGAUCCAGCUGGCACUGCCCAAGCCCAAAACUCUUUUAGCACUGAUGAUGUGGUAUGACAGUCCCACUCAUCCCAGCAUGUGGCUUAGUGACCCAGACACCCACCCAUUUGUGAGUCAGGUCAUUCGUAUCUACCAUGCCGAGAAGCACAGCCUCAAUCAGAGUCGCUUGCCCCCACCAGCAGCUUCCUCUGCCACCUCCACUGACUCAUCAACAUCUAAUUCUUCAACAGUGUCCUCUUCAUCAGCUGAGCCUGGUAUCUUACGAAACUUAAACCGUCCUGGAGUAACUAGUGUUCCUGGAGCUGGUGUGACCUCUUCAUAUGGAUUCUCUGUAAGAAGUAGUGAAGGUCAGCCCCAUCCCCAGUUUUCCUCUUCUCUGACACCUGGCCAAUUCCCUCAGAUUUUUAUUACUGUGCGAAAUAAUAGUGGCAGUGGCGCUGAACAGUCUCCAAGCCUAUCUAACUGGUUCUCCAACUCGGCCCUCCAUCGCUCCUCUGCCCCUCGGACCACCCCCUCAGCAUUAAAUCCCUCUCAGGUUGCCAGAAUCAAUCCUGAAGAGCCAAUGUCACACUCAGGGUCACCUGUUAGGGGCUCAGUGCCAAGCCGAGUAGGGCCAGAGGUGCCUAAUGGAGUUAGCAUGAACUUAGUGGAGCCAAAUUCUGUGUACAACAUGAGUGUAGAGCAACAGUCAGCUGCUGAUGUUGAGAUGGAAGACUCGCUAGCUGAUUCACAAGCCAUGGACACUCAGUAACAUUAAUAGAGCAUCAAGGCUUGAAGAGUAUGACAACCUAAGUCACAUACUGUAUCAUAACUAUUUAUACUUGUAUAUACAAACAUGACCCUUGCCAUAUGUUUUCAUUACAUAGACUAAAUUUAACUAAAUCACGGGUGAUAAGGGUACUAGGAAGUGUAAGUUUCCCCUGAUAUCUGAUGGUAUGAAAUUCCUUAAAGCUCAUUGAAUAGCAAACCGUCACAUAGUAAGAACUAUAACAAUGGUGUAAUUGAGAAAUGUACUCUGUCAACUAACCUCCCAAAAUACACUCACUUAUGAUAAAUUUAAUGAAUUUUGUAUUUCAAAAUAUUGCUGUAAUUAUAAACAUAGGUAAAGGUAAUAGAACAGUACAAUAGCUAGUAAUAAAUCCCAUAAAGUAGCAAGUGAAGUCACCUUCCGUCCACCAUAUCAUUAGUGUUAUUGCUGCAUCUUUACGUAGCUAUAAAAUAUUACUGACUAAAUACAUUGAUAAAACAUGUUAUGAAGAUGAAAAGUUACCCAAACAACAAUAAGCAUGCAUGGCCCAGCUUGUCCUGGAAUUACAUAGUGUUUUGUUAUGGCUGGCCUUUACAUGUACACAGUGACACCGAGUGGAUUAGGAAAUAUCUCGACCACUGCAGGACUGAUGUGGCUGGUUUAGUGUGUCAGACAAUAGGAGCCAAGAAAUGAAUAAAAUGUUUGGUAAUUUCAUCUUGCUAGCUGAGACCCAUGUUACAGAGGGAGGGGGGGAUUGCAGUGAGUAGACUGGGAAAUACCUCUAAGCACUGUAUGCCUCAUUAGUGUCAUGUAUAAUGUGUUACACCUUAAGGAGUCAGGGCAAUCUGGGUCUCAUGUGCAGUUGUUUUGGUAACUUCUGGUCUGUUUAACCAAUCAUCAGCUAAGCAGGAGAAAGAUGACUGAAUAUUGAAAAAAGUCAAAGAACCUAAACAUUGACUAAGUGAAAUAUCAGAUAGUGAACCAUCAGAUAGUGGGGGAGACUUUUAUAUAUUUUUAAACCUUAACUCCAGAAGCACCAGAAUAUUCCACAACAUUCUUCCUGCCACUAGGGGAUAUGCAAUCACUGGCACCGAGCCAAGCAUUUAGGGGACUACUGUAUGUAACAUGGCUGUGCAAGCAACCCUAUCUUGUCCAUCACCAUCAAGCUGUGGGCACCAGGGGUAGCUGGAUGCAUCACAGCCAGACACUGCCAUGGGUCUGCCUAAUAGUAAUGACAUUUUGCCUCAGUGGGGAAGAGCAGAAGAGAAGAAAAAGCUGCACAGCAAAUCUGCACAAUUUUGUACCACUGAUAAUUUACGUGGGAGCUCCUAGGAGCAGGCGUCGAUGAAAUGAUGAUGAUUUACUCAUUACUGCAAUGUAUUUACCCAUCCCUUAGCCCUUCAUAUAAUGCUCUGUAUUACUACUCAUGCAAAUUCAAGAGCAAAUAGAAUAAAAAAUGAAUAAAACAUGACCUUAUUCUCUUGUUAAAGCGAGAUACUUCAAAUCCUCACAAUGAAAAGACAUGGGCAUUUGGAUGUAAUUCAUUGCAUAAAGAAUAUUCAUUAGAUAAAACUGUCCAUGUCCAUGGCAAUGUAAUUAUUGUACACAAGACUUGUGUAGUUAUGUAAUUUACAUGUAUAUAUUUGACCUUGCAUGUAAAUUCUUGGAUUCAUAAACUGGAACAGGUGUAACAAAACUCGUGUAUCAAACUAACUGGAGUUAAAAUUCUGAGCAAAUAAAUAACAGUUCCUGCUAACCAGAUAUGCAUGAAAGUGGUCUGAAUCUACUGUGCAUAUGUCAGACUUUGUAAAACACUUGUAAAUAGUCAAGGAAUGUUAGUUUUAAAAACAGACAUUUUAUAUAGCAGGGUUAAACUAUACUUUAUGCCAUGUAAGUAACUGUGCUAACAUAUAACUGACCACAAAAUACACCUAAUGUAAGUGAUCUGGAAACCACCAAAGUGUAUUACUUAACAUCAAAGUAUGAAGUGCAUUUCCCAAGUUUUAAUCCCUCUUAAGCCCUCAUUGAAAAUAAGGUGUUAAGAAGUUACUAAUGCUCCCUACUAAAAAAAAAUUCUGAAGUGCUAUUAUAUGGUAAGUGAUUAAUCCUACAGAGGCCUUGCAUACCCAAUUUUUAAUCCGUCUGAACCCACAUUGAAAACAUCAAUAGGAUCACAAAUGCCAUCCAAAUUACUUCACUCUUCUCUCAAAAGAAAAAGGUAUGCAAGGCCUGGGGCUGUGUUAAUAAAGACUUUGAACGUGAAGUUUAGCUUUCAAAGGAAAGAUUCCUUCUAACUUCUAGAGAUUCAAAGGAAAGAUUCCUUCUAACUUCAAGAGUUCCUUAAAGCCGCCAAAAAUGCAAGAGUCCCCGGGGGAUGCCUUUACAGCCUUAAUUUUUUUUUUUUUUUUUUAUUUUUUAUUUUUUUUUUUUUUAUGUCCAGCAAACUGUCAACAAACAGGACAAUGCAUAUCAUCUUUCAUACUCAAGCUUAUAUGUUCAUAAAUAACUUGAUUAAUACCAGAAAAUCUUUUAAACCUUAAGUAUUUGAUGUAUAGCAUACACCUGAGGCUAUGAUCAAUAACAACUAAGCUGCCGCUUGGCAAAAGUAAUGCAACACACUCUUCCUCCUACAAUAAAAGCUAGAAAUCUUUGUUAAUGCUGCCCCCUGUGUUAUUUUCUUAGGGCACAAUGUGCUUUUAGUACUUACCACUCAGACAAAGCAAAAUUUUAACUUUUACAAUGAUCGUACACAGUGUGAGAUUGUUCAUCAAUCUCAUAAAGAUUUGCAUAUCUUGGCAUAUAGGCUAUAUCAUAUCAGAAGUUUAAAUUAAGUUCUACUGCUUUGCUGUCAUUGAAACAAUGUUAAGCAAGCACGAUAUUCUUUACUGUACUGAGUUGAAAAUGCUACUUUAACCUUGGAGUGAUGCUGUGAUGAUCCAGGCAUUUUGGACUGGAUAAAUGUUAAUAAACCUUAUAAAGCA